AUGAAUGCAAUUAAAAUUAAACGGGGCCAUGCCAAAGGCACUUUGACUCGUGCGGCGGGUUAUGCAGAUUCUUUACCAGAAGACGUCACGUUAUCAGAGCUUGAGAUUCGUUUAGAAAGACUUUACCAAGCGUGGUUAGAUUUCUUGUCUCUAAAUCAUGAACUAUGCGAUUUUUGUGAUGAGGAAAAUUUUGUUGAUCCGGGUCCUGAGUUCGGAGAAUACGAAGAAAAAUAUUUAAAAGCCCAUUCGGUUUUUACAAAUAGGGUUCGUGAAUUAAAUUCUCAGAACGUUAGCGCUGACGACUCAAUAAUAGAAAAAUUAGCAGAUCAACAGACUUCCUUUUUAAAAACUUUAAACUCCGCAACACAAAAAUCAUCGGUUAAGUUACCAACUGCUAAUAUUCCCAUUUUUGAUGGCAAAUAUGAGGAUUGGUACGAGUUUAAGGAUCUUUUUCAAAGUUCGGUUGACCGGAAUAAAAGCGGUUCGCAAAAGUUUCAAUACCUCAAAUCGUUUCUGCGAGGUAAUGCUGCGGGCUUACUAAAACAUAUGCGAUGUUCGGAAGAUAAUUAUAUCGAGGCUUGGGACAGGUUAGAGGCAAGAUAUGAAAAAAAGAAUCUUAUUGUGCAGGCUUUUGUUGAACCUUUUCUUUCAUUACCUUCGUCCAACUCCGAAAAUAUUCAGUUACUCCGUAAGAUCACAGAUGGGGCCGACGAAGUUAUUCGUGGAUUAAACGCAUUGCAGUGUAACAAUCGUGAUCCUUGGCUAAUAUAUUUGCUACUGCAAAAGGUAGAUUCGGACACUAGACAAGCUUGGGCAGAUAAUUUAGGUGCCAAAGAAGAUCCUUCGAUAGACCAAUUGUUAAAUUUUCUGCAAUCUCGGUGUAGUGUAUUAGAAGCAUGCAGUUCGGUUACAUCAACACGAAAGAAACCCCUCGCAUCAGUUCGAUCACAUUAUGUAGAAUCAACACAAACUUGCCCCAAAUGCCAUGGUAGUCAUAUCUUGCCACAAUGCACAGAUUUUAUUAGUCUCGAUGUCGUUUCUCGUCGUGAAUUUGUCAAAAAACAUUCGGUUUGUUUUAACUGCCUUCGUCAAGGUCAUGGUUCCUAUAAAUGUCGGUCAAACUUUCUGUGUAAGACGUGCAAAGCUCGUCACCAUUCACUUGUUCAUCCUACACAAAAUCCAGCAAUUGAAGCUUCUUCUUCGAAUAAUAUUCAACCUAAUAAUACAACACCUCCCACAAAUCCUACGAUUGUUUCUAAUCAUUCGCUUGAAUCUUCUUGUUCGUCUCAAACAAUUCUUCCUACAGCAAUUGUUAAGAUUCAAGAUAACCAGGGAUCUUUUCAAAACAUACGCGUGUUGCUCGAUACAGGUUCUCAGGUUUCGUUUAUAACCGAACGUGCAGUUCAAUGCCUGGGCCUUAAACGCAAACGAUCUCGUAUCCCAAUAACAGGAACUGCAUCAACUUCAGCUGGUGUAACUAAUGGAUUAGUUACCACCAACCUUCGCUCUCGUUUUAACUCUAGUUUCGUUGAAGUUGAUUGUUUCGUAAUUUCAAAACUUAUUUCGGUAUUGCCAUCGUUUUCAAUCGGUAACAUAGAUUCAAGUCUUUUGCUACUCGAUCUUGCAGAUCCAACUUUUAAUGAGCCUGGCGAAAAAGAUAUUUUGAUAGGUGCAGAUAAGGUGUUUAGUAUCAUAACUGGCCCAGCAACUCGAGCAGAUCAUCAAUCACCGGAAAGGAUUCCCACAAUAUUUGGCUGGGCUGUUGUUGGUCAAUUUAACCAAAAACCUUCUGGGGUUGUUAAUUUCUGCACAAAAUUAGACUUUAGUCAAUGUUUCGACCUUGAGAGGUUUUGGAGGUUAGAGGAAGUGUCAUAUGUACCUGUCCUUUCUUUAGAAGAGCAACAAGCUGAAGAUAGUUUUACUAACACUCACUUUCACCAUUCAGAUGGAAAAUUUGUGUUGAAGCGGAGUGUAACUUCAAAUGAGAUCGCAAUUGAUAACAACAAUUGUUACUAUCUACCCCAUCACGCUGUUUUUAAAAAUGAUAGUAGCACAACGAAAAUAAGGGUAGUUUUUGACGGUUCAGCAAAAUCUUAUAAUAGUACUUCGUUACACGAAUGUCUUCUCGUAGGCCCCACAAUUCAACGUGAUAUAUUUUCGAUAUGCCUUAGAUUUCGUCGGCAUAAAUACACAAUAUCGGGGGACAUCGAGAAAAUGUACCGUCAAAUAUGGGUAUCACCUAAACAUACCGGCUUUCAAAGAAUAGUUUGGCGAGAAACACCUGAAAGUCCUAUAAAACAUUAUCGUCUUCUUACGGUCACUUAUGGCACUGCUUCGGCAGCUGUUCGAUCACUGAAACAAGUAGCUCUUGAAUCCGCUCUUUCUCAUCCUGUUGCUUCAUCCGUUAUCCUUAACGACUUCUAUGUCGACGACGUAAUGACUGGGGCAGAUUCUAUCGAUGAUGUGAUUAAGCUGCAAAAGGAUCUUGUAGAACUAUUAAAAUCUGCCGGAUUUCAUCUCAGAAAGUGGACAACCAACUGCUGGCCUUUGCUGCUGUCUAUGCCAGAACAACAGAGGGAAUUGUCUCCAGUGGAAUUUGAGGAAUCAAGCUCAGUAAAAUUAUUAGGCUUGCAAUGGUGUCCAUCGAGGGAUUCUUUUUACUACAAGGUUCGCUUGGAUAAAUGUCACACUGUCACUAAACGUCGGAUACUCUCUGAAUCAUCUAGAAUUUUUGACCCAAUAGGAUUUUUGGCUCCAGUGGUAGUUGGAGUUAAAAUUAUUAUGCAGGAUAUCUGGAAAGAAAAGUUAUCUUGGGACAAAGUAGCUCCAGAGUAUCUUGCUGAUCGCUGGACAUUAAUUCAUCAAGAACUUCAUCAGCUUGAAAAUUUGAGUAUCCCUAGGAUAAUGUGGUCGAACAAAAGCAAUUACGAAUUGCAUGGCUUCUGCGAUGCAUCAUUAGACGCAUAUGGAGCUGUUGUUUAUUGCAGAAGCGUUAACCCAGACAAAAGUGUAUCAGUUUCAUUGGUGGCAGCUAAAACUAAAGUUGCACCUAUUAAAAUACUCUCGCUACCCAGACUUGAACUCUGUGGAGCUCUUCUUUUAACUCGUCUAAUAAGUAAAAUUCAGAUUUCUUUACAGGAGAAAGAAACCAAAAUAUUUGCUUGGACGGAUUCAGCCAUAGUUCUUCAUUGGCUGUCAGCACUCCCAAAAAGAUGGUCGGUAUUUAUUGGCAAUCGCACGUCGGCGAUAUUGUCUUUAAUACCUCGUAAGAUGUGGAACCACGUACGCUCGGCCAGCAACCCUGCAGAUAUUGCUUCUCGUGGUAUUUCACCAUCACAUUUGUGCGCAAAUGAGAUGUGGUGGAAAGGACCUCAUUGGCUCAGCUUGGACAGAAAUCUUUGGCCUACAUCAACCACCGUUUCUGAAGAGUUUUCAGAAGAAGAGUUAGAAGAGAGAAUAGUACCCAUAACAAAGACCCUCCUCAAAGGCUUCUGGAAGCGAUGGCAUCAGGAAUACCUGACAUCCCUUCAGCAUCGACCAAAGUGGCAACAACGGAAGAUGAAUCUUCAAGUUAAUGAUGUUGUCCUUCUCAAAGAAACUAAUUUGCCACCUUCAAAAUGGAUUAUCGGUCGUAUCCCAGAAGUCCAUCCUGGGAAAGACGGUGAAGUCAGAGUUGUUACCAUUCAAACGAAUUUUGGAACCUACAUUCGUCCAAUUGCUAAAGUAGCCCCACUUCCUAAUGAUUACCUCGCUGAUUCUGUAUUUGAUUUCCCCAAUCUUGGUGUUUGGCGUUCAGAUAACCGGCCAUGA